AUGGACAUCUUUCAGGUUUUAACCAGAGGUGCUAGCGUGAAGAAAAAUGGACGUUCUGGCGGUCCCGCAGACUUCAGUAAGGCCCCAGUAGAUCAGAAUCGGGUGGCACAGGCCGGAAGCACGAAAAAACCAGACUCGGAACGUCAACUGACGAAAGAACUGGAUUUUUUCCGCAACAAGAGAAUCGUGCACAAGGUUGAAGCCGAUGGCGAGCGGGAAACGAAUAGUGAGGGUCCAGUGAUACGGGGGGAGGUAUCGGAUGUACAGCCCGGCUUUGAGACGGGUUCUGUCAAGAUAUCCAAUGCACAGGAGGCUGCCGAGCUCAGAAAAACGUACAUGGGCAAGGUCUCUGGUGAAGACGUACCGCUGCCGAUUGGCUCAUUUGAAGACUUGGUAACACGCUUCAAGUUUGACAAGCGCCUGAUAGCGAACCUUUUGGAGGCUCAUUUUACAGAACCCACUCCCAUCCAGUGUGAAGGUAUACCAAUAGCAUUAGACGGAAGAGACAUCUUGGCUUGCGCCCCAACGGGGUCUGGUAAGACCUUGUCAUUUGUUCUGCCGCUGCUGCAACAAGUGAUUGCGUCUCGCAAGACAGAGGGCCUCAAGGGCUUGAUCAUCUCGCCAACAAAAGAGCUGGCAAACCAGAUUUUCUUGGAAUGCACGAAGCUCAGUAACAAGAUUUUCUUGGACAAGAAAAGGCCACUUUCGGUUGCCUUGCUCAGCAAAUCCCUCAGUGCCAAACUGAAAAACAAAAUAGUGAGCGACAAAAAGUACGACAUCAUAAUAUCCACCCCACUACGUCUGAUAGACGUUGUCAAGCAAGAAGCACUGGACCUUUCUUCUGUUAAGCACAUCAUCUUUGAUGAAGCGGACAAACUUUUCGAUCAGACAUUCGUGGAACAAGCCGAUAGCAUUUUAGCAUCCUGUCGCGAUCCGCAGCUUCGGAAAAGUAUGGUUUCUGCCACGAUGCCUUCUGGUCUGGAACAAAUCGCCCACAGUAUUAUGCUGGAUCCUGUGAGAAUCAUAAUUGGCCAUAAGGAGGCAGCCAACUCGAACAUCGAGCAAAAGCUGGUAUUUUGUGGAAACGAAGAGGGUAAACUGGUCGCAAUAAGACAAAUGAUUCAAGAAGGAGGGUUCAAGCCUCCGGUUAUAAUCUUUUUAGAGUCUAUCACCAGAGCCAAGGCGCUAUUCCACGAACUGCUAUACGAUAAUCUCAACGUUGAUGUCAUCCACGCCGAAAGAACGCAAAUUCAAAGAGACAAGAUCAUCAACAGAUUCAGGACCGGUGAGAUAUGGUGCCUAAUUUGUACCGAUGUGUUGGCCAGAGGUGUGGAUUUCAAAGGUGUCAACUUGGUUAUUAAUUAUGAUGUUCCCAGAACGGCCCAAGCCUACGUGCAUCGAAUUGGUAGAACGGGUAGAAAUGGACGCGACGGUACAGCAGUCACUUUCUACACCAAGCAAGACAACUUGGCGGUGAAACCUAUCAUCAACGUUAUGAAGCAAAGCGGACUUGAAGUUGCAGAAUGGAUGGACAAGUUCUCCAAGAUGACAAAAAAAGAGAAGGAAGCAUUGAAGAAGGGCAAGUCCUCUGUUGAUAGACAGCAAAUCAGCACAGUACCCAAAUUGAUGAAACAAAAGCGGCGUCAGCGCGAGGAGAUGGUCGAAGCGUCGAAAAGACGUAAGGCAUCGGAAGUUCAAGGUGAAAACCACCUCUGA